UGCAGACUGUGAGAACCUCCAGCAAACCCAAGACCCACACAUUCAUAUGGAGAUCUGGGAGUAUAAAUAGGAGGAGGAGAGAGACAGUCAGCAGCAGAGAUCAAGCUCCUCUUCAGAGAGACCACAGCAGAGAUACAGCCAUGGCACCUACUGUCACUGUACCCAUGACCUACUCUUCAGAGCACCUACCACUGCAUAAUAAGCUGAGAAAGCCUUUGGUUGAGAAACUGCGCAGAGAUCGCAUCAACAGCAGCAUUGAGCAUCUCAAGACUAUACUGGACAAGGAAUUCCUGAGGCAGCAUCCAGACUCCAAGCAGGAGAAAGCUGACAUCCUGGAGAUGACUGUCCACUUCCUGAAACAGAAGCAGCAGCAGCAUCCCUCCACCUGCUCCACUGCAGCCAAUGAGGGCUACUCCAGGUGCAUGCAGGAAGCUGUCAACUUCCUGUCCCAGUGUGAGGUGCAGACACAGUCCCAGAGAAGACUGCUGAGUCACUUCCUACACAUGCUGCCUGCAGUGGACAAGAGCACUAGAGUCCAGCCUCAGCCCAGCUCUCCAGUCCGCCACAGCAGCAGCAAAGAGAAAACUCCAUGCUGCACUGCACUCUGGAGGCCCUGGUAGAGCCAUGUGGACUCUCUUACUGUUGACCAACAGAAUUCCUCUUGUCAGUCUCUGACUGACAUGGACAGUAAUUCUAAUGAUGUAGGGAUUGUGUCCCUCCUAUUCUACACGUGUAGAAAUAUUAUGAUUUGCUUUCAAGAAUGGAAAGUCUAUUCCAUGACAGAAAGUGUUUUUUAUUGCCAAUUUUCUUAUGAGAUGCUUUCAUUUGAAAAAAGCUCUUAUUUUGGUGACAUGAAGAACUCUGUAUAUCUUUUAUAGACCAUGGAUGUAUCUAUAUUUAUGGCUCACUUUGUGUAAGUGAGUUCCAGAACUACAAUUAUAACUCUUUUUGAGUAGUUUGUCCUACCCUCUCUAUUUGGAGAGUACUGUGUUUCCUGAGGAAACAUUUGAAAACAAACUUUGUGAAAGUUCUUGACAUUCAAGAUUGUCGUACAUUUAUGGCUCAUUUUCUGUAAGUGAGUUCCAGAACUACAAUUAUAACUUCUAUGAAGCAAUCCAUUUAUGCAGAAGGAUGAAGUGAAUUUAAUGCAAAAGAGAAUAUUGUUCUGUACCAUAUUCCUUAGCAUAUUUGUGUGCAAUAUCUGAAAUUACAUGUGUUUUCAUGUGUUCAUAAUUUUCUUGCUAUGUUAGCAGUAUGUACUCUUUUUGAGUAAUAUGUCCUACCCUCUCUAUUUUGAGAGUACUGUGUUUCCUGAGGAAACAUUUGAAAAAAAACUUUGUGAAAGUUCUUGACAUUCAAGAUUGUCAUAAAUUAUUGUGUGAAAAUUGAAAGCUUUAAUUGCUUUUGGACAAUAAAUACGAAAGACAAAUCAGAUAAAAUGUUUCAUUGAAUAAUUUUCUAAUGAUCUGUGAAAUGAAUAUUACACCCCUACUGUCUGAUAACCUGGAUAUGAUGAAUUUACACAUAAACAGUGAGUAGUCAAUAA